AGUUAUGGAAACAGGCUCAAUUGCUCCUGAUUCUACGACAUGCCAAAGUAAUAACUCCGCUUGUGAUUUAUACGAACAUGAAGAUUCAGCGCGUAUCUUACUGCCUGUAUUCUACAGUGUAAUUUUCAUAAUAGGAGUACUUGGAAAUGUACUUGCUCUCACUGUGGUCAUUAAAAACAGGAAAAAGAUCAACUCUACCACUCUUUACUCUACAAAUCUUGUUGUCUCAGACAUUCUUUUUACUACUGCUUUGCCUGCGAGAAUUGCAUACUAUGCAAUGGGCUUCCACUGGCCAUUUGGAGAACUACUCUGCAAACUCACCGCGCUCGUCUUUUACAUCAACAUUUAUGCCGCUGUGAACUUCAUGACAUGCUUGAGCAUUGACAGGUUUGUCGCUGUGGUCCAUCCACUGCGCACCAGGAUCAGAACAGUAAGAUGCGCCACAUAUAUUUGUUGCUCAGUGUGGUUUCUUGUAUUAGCACAGACUCUCCCAUUGCUUACACAAUCCUUGUCACACGAAGAAGGUAAAAGAAACACAUGCAUGGAAUAUCCAAACUUUGAAAAAAUACCAAAUCUCCCUUGGAUGCUCCUUGGUGCCUGUUUACUUGGAUAUGUAAUUCCCCUUGGGAUUAUACUGGUCUGUUAUUCUAAAAUUAGUUAUAAACUCUAUCAAAAUGCCAAGAAAAAUCCACUCGCUGAAAAAUCAGGAACAAACAGAAAGGCCAUCAAUAUAAUUAUUUUCAUCAUUGUCGUCUUCAUUGUUUGUCUCACGCCUUAUCAUGUUGCCAUUAUCAAACAUAUGAUUACAAAGAUUAUGUUUGGAGAGUGUGAUCUUGAAUGCAGUACUCAAAAACUCUUCCAGAAGACCCUCCACUACACUGUGUUCCUGAUGAACUUAAAUUGCUGUUUGGAUCCUUUAAUCUAUUUCUUUGCAUGCAGAGGAUACAAAAGUACAAUACUGAGAAUCUUGAGACGUCAAGGAAGCUUGUCAUUGUCGAGUAUGGCUCGAACAGGUCAUGAAGAAAGCUCCCGUGACAUUGGAGAUGCGCACACGGCUACUGUUACAACAGAACUAAAUGGAAAACGAUGA